AUGGUGAAGACGAACGGACGAGUAGGGAAGUUGUUAAAGUCUAUGAAAGUGGUCAAUUAUGAAAUUGGCCUACAUUAUAGAAGUGGGCAUUUUCAUACGUGGGUGGUUCAUCAGCCAGUUGGAGCACUCUGCAGCUUGCCAAUUGAAAGACUUCCUUCAAAGAUACGGCGUAUCCUCACAUUAUCUUCAACUAUGGCGACGACUGCAGAGGCUCUUUUUGAUACUUUUGGAAAGCGUUACGAAGAUGCGUUCACCAAUGACCCUAAUCUUAAGGAAUUUCUGCGAUUUGCAAUGAAGAGCAUCCCAAACCAUAGUAAAGUUCUUGAUGUUGGGUGCGGAACGGGUAAGCCAGUCGCGGAUAUCCUUGCCUCUGCUGGUCAUGAAGUCCACGGAAUCGAUGUCUCCCAGAAUAUGAUUGAUAUUGCCUCCGCUCAAGUGGACGGUACAUUCGUAAAGGCAGACAUGCGGAAUUAUGAGCCUCAGUGUCCCUUCGAUGGUGUAUUUGUGAUUCUCUUUUCCAAAUUACCCCAGGAGAAGCAUACUCGAUGUGCUUCAAGUUCUCUGAAUGGCUCAAGGCCGCUAAGGAAACCAUGGAUGGAUAGCUAUACCAGCGAGGCCUUCUUUUCCGAGGAAAGAUGGAAGAACAUGCUUCAAUGCACUGGUUUCAAUAUCGAGUCUGAGGUCCGCUAUUAUUUCACUCCAAAUGGCCCAGGCCAUAAGUACCCUGAGGUUCAUUACCUCCUAUUGGCAAGAAAGGUGGAAGACCAGCCGCUCCUGGGUCCAUAUGCAUCUCCAACAAAAGACGAGCUGCUCUCUAUGCAUAUCCGUCACCAUCCAGUGGACCGCUUUACAAGUUUUGAGUUAGAUGCUUUCCUUGAGGUUGUCACAGAAGAAGUCCUUCAAGAUCUUGUAGAUGGUGCUAGCAUCAACUCCAACGUCCACUUAUUUGAUGGUUCUGCUGAGAGCUUACCAUUCCCGUCUGGGAAGUUUGACAUUGUCCUGGCAUCAUGGAUGUUUGAGUCCGUUAAGGACAUAGAAGUAGCACUGGGAGAAAUUCAACGCGAGUCCGGCUGCUUCAGAAGGCCCACACUUUCUGGUAACAUCCACAUUGUAGCCCAACAUAUGACUCUAAGCCAUUUACAGCAGUCCCUCUACGGUGCUAUAGGCCAACCUGUUGGUUAUGAUAUUGAAACACUGGAUAUAAGGCAGUAUAAAUGA